UUCAUGGUUUCGCAGAAUCUUCGCCGCUGCUCUCCGCCGAGCUACAUUUGCUUCUUUCCCCGACACGCCUCAGUCCAAGCAACACUUUGCGCCAGGCUCGAAAUCGCCAGUGCCGCCAUACAAAACACAACUACAACCUCGCCAUGCUCUCCGAGGUGAUUGCUGGCUCCCUGGCGGAGCUCGCAAAGAGAGAUGAAGAAGAUCCUGGUGCCGACAACCCGACAAAGCAGGAGAUGUACUCUGCAAUGGCCAUCUUCAUCUUCAUCCUGCUUCUCAUGACUGCCUUCUUUACGAGUUAUAUCAUGCAGGAGAGGAAGAUUCAGGCUGUCCACGAAACCGUUGUCUCCAUUUUUGCCGGACCUUUACCAGGUAUGGUCGUUGGCCUUGUCAUCCGAAUCUCCGGCAGCGACAACAUCCAAAGCUUGCUUAGUUUCAGUCCGCAAAUCUUCUUCAACCUUCUGCUACCUCCGAUUAUCCUCUCGUCCGGCUACGAACUACACCAGGCGAACUUCUUUCGAAAUAUUGGCACGAUCCUGACGUUUGCUUUUGCCGGCACCGCCAUAUCGGCUGUCGUCAUCGGUGUGCUACUAUGGUUAUAUACCAGGAUCCCGCUCGAAGGGCUGGAGGUGACCUUUAGAGAGGCAAUUCAAGUUGGUGCGUCUUUGUCUGCCACGGAUCCCGUCACGAUUUUGGCCAUCUUCAACUCCUUCAAGGUUGACCCGCAGCUGUACACGGUUAUCUUUGGCGAGUCGAUCUUGAACGAUGCCAUUGCCAUUGUUAUUUUCGAGUCGGCGCAACAUGCGGAAGGAAACGGACAGCGAAUCGGCGUAGUCAGUAUCAUCCAUGGUAUUUGGUAUUUCUUGAAGGAGUUUUUCGGCAGCUUGGCAAUUGGAUCUGUUGUUGGCAUAUUGGCUGCCGUACUCCUCAAGUUUACCUACCUUAGGCGGUAUCCUAAGAUGGAGAGCUGCAUGAUUGUUCUGAUUGCGUACUCGACCUAUUUCUUUUCACAGGCCAUCCAAAUGUCCGGCAUUGUAUCGCUGCUCUUCUGCGGCAUCACACUAAAGCAUUAUGCCUAUUUCAACAUGUCACGCCGGACUCAGCUGACCACCAAGUUCUUUUUCCAAGUCCUUGCGCAGUUAUCCGAAAACUUCAUCUUCAUCUAUCUCGGUUUGUCAUUAUUUACGGAGAAAAAUUUGGUGUAUCAGCCUCUUCUGAUCAUCGUAACUGUACUAUCGGUAUGCGCAGCAAGGUGGCUGGCAGUUUUCCCCCUGUCGCGACUCAUCAACUGGUUUAUCCGAUACAGGGCUCGGCGCCAUGGCAGGGAUGCUGCUGAUGUAUUGCCUUACAAUUAUCAAGCGAUGCUCUUCUGGGCAGGCUUGCGCGGUGCCGUUGGUGUGGCUCUUGCCGCGGCGUUCACUGGCAAAAGUAGGUUUGCCUUGCAAGCGACCGUGCUUGUCGUCGUUGUGCUCACCGUCAUCAUUUUCGGUGGAACUACCGCCCGCAUGUUGGAGAUUCUGGAGAUCAAGACUGGUGUGGUUGAGGAAAUUGACUCGGACGACGAGUUCGACAUCGAAGCCAUCCACGGCGGGACUUGGCACAAACGGUCAGGCACGGGCAUCGGGUUCAGCGCCCCUCGUCGAGGCUCAACGGUGCCACUGGGGAACCUCGAUUCGGAGAGGAACGGAAGUCCUGGUGGCAGGAGCGGGUGGGCUUCUGGACAUCGGUCCCCAAAUCCCAUGCCAAGAAGACAGUCGAGCCGUCUCGAUGUCAAGAACGGCAACGACCUUGAGAGGGUGGAUUUGCUGGGUGUCUCAGGGAACAACACAGACUCGGAGAUUGGUAGUGACAUCGACACAUCAGAUUUGCCACCACCAGCUCCCAGAAGGAGACCGAGUCCGAUACCGGGAGGUGGAGAUGCUGAUCUUGAAGCCGGACCUGGCGAGCGUGGCAGCGGGUGGAAUCGAUCAACUUCUAACAACGAAGGUGGUCAAGGUCUUAGUGCCACAGCUGCUAUUCGACAGCUCUUUAGCAGCGAAGAUCCAUCGGCACUGUUUAGGCAGUUCGACGAGAACUACAUAAAACCGAAACUCUUAUUAGACGGAGGAACUGGAAGGGGAGGGCACGGUGGUCCCUCGGGGUCUAGCUAGGAGCGCAAAACGGGGCAAAAAUAUCUAUGGAAUUUUUCAGCGAAUAAAACAUAUUGUUCUCUACUCGUUGUGUGGUGACCCUUUUGAUCG